ACGCUUGUAGCUGUAACGUUAGUUAUUUUGUGUCUGUAGGGAGUUCUCAUGUAGGGAGUUAUGUUCCCAUAACAUCCCGCCAAAACAACCAAACACGUUCCCGUAGAGGCCCUCAAGCAGACCAUUAUAGUUUUCAUUAAAACCGGUUCAGUUCCUAUUACAACAAUCAGAUCCUGAUGCUUUCAGCAGUGAAAUCUAACAUCACGGGUUAACAGAUCGUGCGUGGUGGAGAUCAGCAGCCUAUCGUGUGUGUGACUGUGUCCUUUAUAAACCCACGACCGCUUGCAGAUGUGCACGAAAACUUAAUCGCAUCUCAUCGCGGUACUUCCGGAUGAAGCGCGUUUGUCACACGCGACAUGUUCAGCCGAGCGCACGAGCGUAAGUAAAUACCGUUUGCAUCGGUUUGCAUGUGUUUAACUUUACAACAGUCACACACACAACGGACCGGGUGACAGCAGCAGACGGUAUGGAGGAGAAACUGGACAUGGACGUCCACAAGUCCCGGAGCUUCAGGAAAUCCAUCCAUGCCAAACUCACAUCCAGCCCCAAACCGCGCAAGAAAGAGCGCAAGCAGGACAGCGGCUUUUGGAUCUUUAAAAAGAAGCGAACGAACGGUUUGGAGCGGGGAAUGUCUUCCUCACAGCCCAACCUGACGUCCGCGGUGGCGGCUGACGGCGAGAGGUCGCGCUCCCGCACGCCGGAGCAGAGUGCGUGCACAGCGGCCGCAGAGGCAGCAUCAUCAUCAUCGCUCGGCGCGGAGAUCCAGAGCCCCGCUUCCAAACCCACCAUAUCGCAUUUGGUGCACAAAACCGUCCACCAAGAGCCUGAACCGACCGAGGAUGCUGCCGAAGAUGUUCAAGAGGAUCAGACGGAAGAAACCGCGGACAUGAACAACACUCAACCGUCACUGCCGGCUUUGACAAUGUACCAGCUGGACAUUGUGUUGAAAAGAGGAAAUAAUCUGGCCAUCCGAGACCGAGGCGGAACAAGUGACCCAUAUGUGAAAUUCAAAAUAGGGGGUAAAGAAGUUUUCCGCAGCAAAACAAUCCACAAGAACCUGAACCCAGUGUGGGAUGAACGUGUUUGUCUGAUCGUAGACAAUUUACUAGAGCCUCUUUAUAUUAAGGUGUUUGAUUAUGAUUUUGGCCUGCAGGAUGAUUUUAUGGGCUCGGCACACCUGUACCUUGAUUCUCUGGAGCUCAACAGGACUCUUGAUGUGCGCUUGGAUCUUCAGGAUCCUCGCAGUCGUGAUCAAGAUCUGGGGUCUCUGGAGCUGGUGGUCUCUGUGUUCCCCAGAGGAGCGCUGGAUAAAGAAGUCCUCAAACUGACGCAACAGCAGAGUGUGGUCCUGUCGGAGAUGUACAGAAAGGCUCAGUUGUGGAGAGGUAUCGUCAGCAUCAGUCUCAUCGAGGGUCGUGACCUUGUCCCUAUGGAUCAGAACGGCCUGAGUGACCCUUACGUCAAAUUCAGACUCAACCAUCAGAAAUACAAGAGCAAAACCAUUCCAAAGACUCUGAACCCGCAGUGGAGGGAACAGUUUGAUCUUCAUCUGUUGGAUGAGGAGGGAGGUGUUCUGGAGAUCUCUGUAUGGGACAGAGACGUGGGCAGAAGAGACGACUUCAUCGGCCAGUGUCAGCUGGACCUGUCAAAGUUGAGUCGAGAGAAGACACACAAACUUGACAUUGAGUUAGAGGAGGAUAAAGGACGCCUGCUGCUGCUGGUCACUCUCACGGCCACCGCCGCCGUCUCCGUCUCUGACCUGUCUGUCAACCUGCUGGACAACCCCAAGGAACGCAGCAAGAUUCUUCAUAGAUAUAGUCUUACGAGGUCGUUCUUUAACCUGAAGGAUGUUGGAGUCGUGCAGGUGAAGAUCUUAAGGGCGGAGGGGCUGAUGGCCGCUGAUGUCACAGGAAAGAGUGAUCCGUUCUGUGUGGCAGAGUUGAGUAAUGACCGUCUGCAGACGCACACAGUUUACAAAACACUGAACCCAGAGUGGAAUAAAGUCUUCAUCUUCAACGUAAAAGACAUUCACGCCGUGCUGGAAUUCACCGUGUACGACGAGGAUCGAGACCGCAGCGCCGAUUUUCUGGGAAAAGUGGCCAUCCCUUUACUGAACAUCCGCAACGGCGAACAGAAGGCCUACGUCUUGAAAAACAAGGAGCUGACAGGGCCAACAAAAGGGCUCAUCUUUCUGGAGGCCGACGUCAUCUUCAACAGCGUGAAAGCCGGCCUGCGGACGUUCGUUCCGCCGGAGGAGAAGUUCUUCGAAGAGGAGUCCAAACUCUCCAAACAGUUGUUGCAGCAGAAUUUUAACCGUGUGAAGCGAUGUGUGCUCUUCCUCAUGAACGUGGGCUCUUACAUCAACAGCUGCUUUCAGUGGGAAUCUCCACGCAGGAGUUUAUGCGCUUUUCUGAUCUUUGUGACGGUGGUUUGGAACUUUGAGAUGUACAUGUUGCCGCUGUCUCUGUUGCUUCUCUUGACCUGGAAGUCCAUCGUGCUGGUGUCCGGGAAUGAACCUCGCGAGCGGAGCGUGCAAGCGAUGGAAGAUUUCCUUGAAGAUGUGGAUGAAGACGAUGAUAAAGAUGAGAAGGAGUCGGAGAAAAUGGGCUUCAUGGAGAGAUUCCACGCCGUUCAGGACGUGAUCAUCACGGUUCAGAACGCUCUGGAUGAAGUGGCCUGCAUCGGUGAAAGAAUUAAAAACACAUUUAACUGGACCGUGCCUUUUCUCAGCUGCUUGGCCAUCACAGUCCUCUGUGCGGCUGCUGUUCUUCUGUACUUCAUCCCGCUGCGGUACAUUGUGCUGGCCUGGGGCAUCAACAAAUUCACAAAGAAACUGCGAGACCCUUACCUCAUCGACAACAAUGAGCUGCUGGACUUUCUGUCUCGAGUUCCCUCUGAUGUUCAGAUGGUUCAGUACAGAGAACUGAAGACGGACUUCAGUCCGAGCCGGAGAAAAAAGAUCUGAUCCGUCCUGCACCGCCACUUUAAAUCCCCACGGCUUCCGACACGCCGCUCGUGUAAAACACACAGUGACUGUUUUAUAGUUGAUUUUAAAAGAGGUUUUUAUCUUUGUUAUUUAUGCAAAAUUGCAUACUACAAUAAGCCAAUGGUAUAGUAAUAUUUACUUGACAUAAAUGAACCGUUGCUCAUAUGAUGUAUUUUAUUUAUUAAAUUUUUAUGUUUCUGCACCUAUUUGUAAUUCUAACAGCCAUAACAGAUGUGACUCUUCUCGUCUGCUUCUAUUUGUGUGUUUUGAUUUCAGAAAUAUGCAAAAUUGAAAUCGAAUGUAAUUCUGGGCUACAGUUGUGUUUGAGCUCAGCUCCGACCACACUGGGGUCUCUUUAAAAACACCCCAAAUCCUAACAGUGUCUUUUGCACCUUUGAGAUGUUUUAAAUCAUCUCCUGAAUAUCUUCAAGCAUGCGUUUAAAAGAGAAACUGCAUGCCGUGCAUCUAAAUCCAAAUGCCUUAUUUGUGAACCAAAAUAAUAUGUACUGUAAAUACAGAUGAUUCACGAUGUUUGUUUGACCCGGGACCUCACAUGUCUUUCCUGAUUUAAUUUUAUGAUGAAUGAUAAAAACAGUGUUUUAUUCUAAUGUUUAUAUACUUCGAGAAUGCAUGUGUGUAACUGUUACGAGGAAUUAUUCUGCAGAGAAAUGAAAGGAUGUUUUGUAAUCUUGCAUCUCAGAAUAAUUUGGUUCUCGUAAGAUUGCGGCAGUCUUGACCUCUUGCCUUCGCAUGUCAAUAUAAAUCUGUGUUAUUUAUGUUUUACAAGAAACCAAAAAAUGUUGCUUGUUCUUGGUGUCUCUCACUUCAUUCUCUCACAUGUGGGCAGUGAACUUCAGAACGUUUGUCGACAUGAAGUUUUACAAUAUUAACAUGACGAGUGAAAUGGAUGUUUAAGAAGAGACACGAUGUAGAUUUUGUGAACAAUAAAAUAAUCAAGAGAUGACAUUUUCACGAAAGAAUAUUGCAAAUUAUUGAUAAAAUCAGAAAUGUAUAUUAAACUAAACAGGAUUGAUUGUGAUGUAAAAACAUCUACAAACGUAUUUAUUACAAAAAACAAUAAUUAUGCACUAACCAUAUCAACUGUGUGUUAAUGAUUUGUUCUUGUAAUCCGGAUUAGAUUACAGAUGAAUGUGUGAAUGCGGAUUGUUUGAUGUGAUUCUGUGUGUCGGGACACAUUCGUAUGGAGGGUCCGUCUCUCAGGUUCAUAAUUAGUUUCUUGAAUCCCUGCCUUAUUAAAUAAAAGCUGCUGUGGGAUUCAGGACAGACUAAUUGAGCUAUGAAGGGCAUCUUUUUAAAGUAGCAAAAGCACAGCAGACCUGAGCUUCUGAAGAACAUUAAUGAGAAUCUCAAACCGUCUCGGGUUUCCCUUUUCACGUCAUUCAAUACCAAUGAAAAUUCUCUCAUUGAUGCUUUAAAGAGACCGUUCGGCCAAAAAUCUCAAUUCUGUCAUUUAUUUCUCAUGGUGUGAUUCAAAACUCAUUCGUCGGUGGAACACAAAAGAAAAUAUAUAGAAAUGUCUCUGUGGUUUUGUGUCAAUACAGUUGAAGUCAAUGGAGUCCA